CUGCUGGGUGCUUUGGGCCAACUCUCGUCUCAAAUGUCGCCCAUCUUCACGUCGCGCGGCACCGGCAAUGGCGGCACCAUUUCCACUGCAACACGGUCGUCACUCCGUUGGCCGGGCCUGUACGCCAUGCUCUUUCGUCUCCUCCUCAUGUCCCUGUUCAAAUCGCAACUCGGUCUAGGAAUGAGGACGUUCGGUGGCCUCCAGCAUCAGCUCUGCCUCCUACAGAAGCCUCUCCUGUUGCCUACGUUACUGACACCCGGUAUGACCAUGUCAACGUCCAGUCUGUUAGGCCUUCUGCUGACCGGACUUCGAACUGGAGAAGGUGUCUCGGACGAAGAAUUGAGCGAUUCCAGACUGGCACCACUCACGUCACCUCCGCAAGAGCCAAAAAGUGAUCGGACACAGAUUCGUAAACUCGAUCACGAUGACGGCACAUCAUGUAAUACGCCCAGUGCUUCAAACUUGGACUCCCAUGACAGGAUACAAGAGCUCUGGGAUGGACCUAAAUCCACAAAAUGUUCCGGGCAGGUGAACUCAAAAGGUCCGCCAAACGAGCAGAUGCUCGCCUCGUCGAGUCCUGAUCAGUUGGCCUUCGAUCUACUUAGGAUAGCUACUCAGAGUUCCCAGUCUUCGGCAGUUCUCGAAGAACGACAAGACACGCAACUGGAAGUAAAAGAGGAGGCAUAUAAAAAAGAUAUUGGCAUGACUACUGAAGAUGACGUGGCCACACUAACCAACUUCAAUCGUUCAGAGUCGGUGGUUCGCAUAAGGCGGAUGGCAAUAAUACCACUUUGGGUCGGUACGUGCUAA